AUCGAGCACAGCGAUCAGCUGAGCAAAAGAAAACAAAGUUCAAAACUUCGUUUAUUUGAACAUUGCAAAAAAGACAUUUCAUGCAACCAGAAAAUCAGUAACCUUGUAAAUACAGAUGGCGAUCCACGCUCAAGAUCGUGCUUACAGAUUUGUGUUGCUGUUUUUUAACUGUUUGCUUACAUUUGGAUCAUACUUUUGCUUUGAUAUGCCAAGUGUGCUUCAGGACACAUUUACAGGCACUGUACACACACAAAAAAAUUGUACAGAUGCAAAUUCCACAACAAAUGUAAGCAUAUGUAAUGUAACUUGUGAUGACUGUCUUGGAAUGUCAGAUGAUAGUUACAAUCUUCUAUAUGCAAUUUAUGCUUGGACGAAUGCUUUUGUGGUGAUAGGAGCUGGAUUCCUCAUUGACAAGUUAGGCAACAGAAUUGGUUUGUUCCUGUUUUCAUUCCUGGUUGUGCUGGGAUCCAGCACAUUUGCUGUUGGUGCCAUGUUGAAGGGAACCAAAGCUAUGCUGCCUGUAAUGUUGUUAGGACGACUCCUGUUUGGAUCAGGAAAUGGGUCUAUGACAAUUGUCCAGAAUCGUUUGACAGCCUACUGGUUCAGGAAUAAAGAAUUGGCUCUUGCAUUCGGUAUAACUCUGGCCUUUUCUCGACUGGGCAGUGUUCUAAACUUCUUUCUCACAAAGAAUUUUGAAGGCACAUAUGGACUGAAUUGGACUCUCUGGGGAGGAGCUAUGUUAUGUGGUCUAGGAUUUGUGUCGGCAAUUAUUGUCAGCUUCCUAGAUAUUUACGGUGUAAAACAACUUGGUGAUGCUGAUAAUCUUAGAACAGAGUCCAAAAAAGUGAGGGUGACAGAUGUACGUUAUUUCUCCGUCUCAUAUUGGCUCCUGGCUUUGACAAUCAUGUUCUUUUAUAAUGGUGUGUUCCCAUUUGUAGCUGAUUCAAGAAAAAUUCUUUUGAAAGAGUAUGGAUUUAGGGGACCCGACGUACCCGAUGUAAUAGGUAUGAGAGGAUACCUGGCUAUAGGAUGUGCAGUAUUUACUAUCCCAGUAUUUGGUUUGCUGGCAUUUACUCAUGUUUAUCCACUUGUACCAACACUCUGGCUUGGUGUCACAUACAGUAUAGCUGCAGCAAGCAUGUGGCCAUCCAUUCCACUGGUAGUCAGUCAAGCAACUAUAGGUACAGCAAUGGGUCUUACUACAUCAAUACAGAUGAUUGGUAUCGGAAUAUCUAAUCUGGUUGUAGGCCAGAUUCUUGGCAAAAAUCAGGGAUUAUCAGAUGAGCUGACUUUAGAGAGAUGGAAAUAUGUGAUGAUAUUUUUACUAGCUAAUACACUCGCAUGUGUUUUGACAUCACUAUUCCUCAACAUCAAUGAUAAAAGAAAGGGUGGAAUAUUAAACUUGAGCAGGAAAGACAAGUUACGUGCCGAGAGCCUAAUAGGAUCAGUUUCAGAGUCAGGAAAAUCUAGUGACACCAGUGAUGAUGAAAAUGAGCCUCUACUGAGAAAUAGAAAGAGAAUCAAUUAACACUAGAACAACUUUUUUUGUUUUUUGACAAAUAUAUUUUACAAGUCAUAUAUAGUUUAAGGCAAAUAUAAUUUGCUGCCUUUCAAUUAAUGUUCACUUUUAAUUGUCUGUUUUUUUAAAAAAAAAUUUUUAAGCCAAAUAAACAGCAUAAAAAUCAACAAAUAAACUCUCUUCUCCUAUACUGCAGUAGAGUAUUUAAUGUUUAAUUCAUGACUUUGUAAUUAUGAAAAUGUCCUGUUACUUUUUGUUUUGUUUGUCUGACAUUUACGCUGAAAAUCAGCAUGAAAAACAAGACUAUUUAAUGUGUUAAAUUAAGUUAUAGCUACAUGUACAUAUGAAAUGGUCUAUAUGACCUGCUUUUUUUUCUAGGAUUGUUACUGCUACUUGUACAUAUUUGUGCAUUAAAAUUUAAAUGUAUUGGUUCAACAAAAAUUUAAGUGUAUUGGUUCAACAAAAAUUGUCCAAACACAUCAUGUACUUCAAUUGAAGUGUCUGUUGCCCAGUAAAGUUUGGGUAUUAUCAUAACAUGUCUGCAGUAUUGUAUUAUUAUACCUUUCAUAAAUGUGUUCCAUCUUAAGUGUGGGCAAACUUUAAGUUAUUAUUAUUCAUGAUAAUGACAGCGAGAAUUUUUAUGAUAGUCAAUAGGCUAAAAAUUAGCAGCUGACUAUCAACAGUUUUCAUAAGAAUACAUGUAAAAGUUUUGGCACAUUAUGCCUCAGAAAACAAAUAAAUAUUUCAUUCUCUAGAAAAGGCAAACAUGAGUUUUAUAGCAUUUAAAUAAUGGUUUAAGAGCAUGUUAGAUAGAGGAUAUUUUGCGCCACGAGUGAAAUAUGAACUUUUGGUGUUCACAAGGUGAAAUAUAUUUUGACCUUACACUAAACUAAACAAAGUUUCUUUUUAUUAUAUGCAAAGAAACUUUUUAAAAAGACAUUAAACCUAAUACUGAAUGAAAAGCGUGCCAAAUAAUAAUACAGCAUGACGUCAUUUACAACGUGACAUCAUUAAGUUGAUUCCCAGUACUGUGCAUGCUGAUAUUUCACUGAAACAAUGUAAAGGGCUUAAAUUCAAAACUGUGAAAUUAUCAAAUUGAUAAUUUCACUUUUUAAAACAGCUAAAUUUCCAGUUUUAUAUCACUGAUAUAUCUCUAUAAACCACUGAGAAGCAUGUAAUAAAUGUUUAUCAUCUGAAGAAAGUAACAUUUAUAAUGAUAAAUGAAAUUAUUUGUCAGAAAAGUAGAAAAAUGUAAACAAAUUAUUAUUUUGACUUCCAUACAAAAUACUCAAUCAACGUAAUGGUACAUAUCAAAAAGCUACAGAGGCAAAAAAUUGAUAAGGUGUCAAUUUGAGUAAUUAUGUGGAAAUCAUAUCAGAACGCCUAAUAUAAAUUUCUUUUGAGAAAUAAAAAUAAAAGCAUUUCUUGGGUAUUUGGCUUUUAAACAAUAUGAUUUUGUUUCUUGAUGGAAUUUACCAGUAUGUUUUAAUAAAGUGCAGUAUUAUAUAAGAACGAGAUCACAGUACUUGGACCUUGUAGCAUUAUAGUGACCUCCCAGUCAGAUCCAAACAUUGAAGGGGCCUUAGCCUGUGUCUCAAGUCCAUUUUGCUCUAGUCCGUUAAUUGUUUGGGGGCUGACUGAUGUCACUACAAUUCUAUUAAGCCCUCAGUGCUAUGUACUUAUGUUAUCAUAUAUAACAUUUUGUUAUUAAAAUUUAAUUAUAUAUUUUUUGUUGUACAAAAUUAAUGAGAUUAUAUUGUGUACUUUGAACAAAUUUAAGAAUGUGAAUUAAUUUACUUGUAAUAAAUUUUUGUAUAUACAUAUUGAUAUCAAAUAGUGUUUACAAAAUGUACAUACUUUUAUGUGAAAAAACUGUAAGUAAAAUUUUAAAUUUUUAGAUAUUUGAUAUAUUUGGUAUGAUUUAGUUUCUUUUAAUUACCUAAUACUUGUACUAGUAUAUAUAAUUGUUGGUCUGUAGUAAUUAUGGACUAUAUCCCAGAAAAUCUCAUUUUAAAAUACUUUCAAUUUUGAAAUAUUUAAACAGUCUCAAUAGGGAAUGAAAAUAUAAGAAAAAAUUAAUAUGAGGUGAGAUAUGUUUCAUAUUUAAUCGAAACAAACUAAUUUUUCUUAUGCCAUGUUUUAUUUUUUUUCCCCAUAAAACUAGUCACUUGUAACUGACAUUGGCGGAAAAUGACGAUUUAUGAUGUCCUCUUUGAUGUUAUGAAAAUAUUCAUAUUUUUUCUAUUUCUUUCAAUGUU